UGCUGAGGUCGCAGAGGGAGAGAGGAAGACGGAGAAGCGCUGCCGGUGUGUCCGUGGAUUCAGGCCGGAAUGAGCCGUGCGGGUCCCGCUCGCCCUUCUCCCAGAGACCCGCUCCACCGGAGCUGCGAGCUGCGGAGCUAGCAGCGGCUAGCCGGAGCAGCUAGCUGUGGAUGACCGAGCAGCGGUCCUCAGAGGCGGACUGAGAGCUCAGCGCUGCCCGCCGGCGGUUCUCUGGUCCCGGGUCACAGCAGCGGACUGGUUUCUGUUGAUUUGACAUUAAACACGUUAUGAACCGUUCAGGUUCAACUCUCCUUAGAUUCAGAGUCUGGAUCCAUUUUCGCCCCGGUUAGCUGGAGCUUAAUCCCGCGGUGGAAACCCCGUGAACCGUCCACCGUGAAGCGGCCUGACAGCGCGUUGCAUCCCGGAGAGAGGAGCUGAGAGUCGGGGGCUAGCCGGUGGAUUGUCUGGUCCUCCUCGUCUCUGCAGCGCUGGCCCGAUCCCACCUGGGUUCACCUGUUGUCCCGGUGUGACCGGUGGUUCACACCGGGACCGUGUGAGGGGACCUGCCCGGAACAUGCUGCCGGUCCUCGGGUUCAAGCACCGGUCCAAGCAGCUGUAACGUGUCCGUCACGAUGGGACCCGAGAGCAGGCUGUUCCUCAGCGUCUUCCUCAUGUCCUGCUCCUCAGGUGCCAUUUUGGGUCGCUCAGAGACUCAGAAGUGUGUCCACUACAACUACAGCCCUAAUUCUUCCUCUUCAUCUUCCUCGGCGUUGGAUGGUCGGGGGAACACCAGCAGAGUGAUAACCUGCUCUGGGGAAAAAGAUAAGAGGUUGCACUGCUUCGCCACCUGGAAGAACGUCUCUGGAGCUGUGAAGGUGGUGAAGCAGGGCUGCUGGCUGGAUGACGUCAACUGUUAUAACAGGAGCGAGUGUGUGGAAAAGAAAGAUGGUCCCGAAGUCUUCUUCUGCUGUUGUGACGGCAUUUUGUGUAACGACAAGUUCUUCUAUAGCCCCAACAUCAGCUGGCCACCCACGACGAACAAACCAGUGACGUCUCCACCUCCAUUGCUGUCCACGCUCAUGUACUCACUGGUUCCCAUCAUGGCUGUCACCGCCAUCGUCCUCUUUUCCUUUUGGAUGUACCGGCACCACAAACUGGCCUACCCACCUGUACUAGUGCCCACACAGGACCCCGGACCCUUUCCCCCCUCCCCCAUCCUUGGUCAAAAGCCCCUGCAGUUACUGGAGAUCAAAUCCAGGGGGCGUUUCGGCUGCGUGUGGAAGGCUCAGCUGCUCAGUGAAUAUGUGGCUGUCAAAAUCUUCCAAAUACAGGACAAACCUUCAUGGCAGAACGAGUUGGAGAUCUUCAGCAUGAACGGGAUGAGACAUGAAAACCUGCUGCGCUUCAUCGGUGCUGAGAGAAGAGGAAGUGAAAUGGUCACGGAGCUUUGGCUCAUCACCGCCUUCCACGACAAGGGUUCUCUAACCGACUACCUGAAGGCAAACGUUCUCUCCUGGUCUGAGCUGUGUGUCAUCGCUCAGUCCAUGUCCAAUGGUCUCGCCUACCUGCACCAAGACAUACCUGGACACAAGGACGGACACAAGCCCGCCAUCGCACACAGGGACUUUAAGAGUAAGAACGUUCUGCUGAAGUCCGACCUGAGCGCCUGCGUCGCUGACUUCGGCCUUGCUCUCAGGUUUGAGGCGGGCAAGUCUCCAGGAGACACCCAUGGACAGGUGGGGACCAGGAGGUACAUGGCCCCUGAGGUCCUGGAGGGGGCGAUCAACUUCCAGAGAGAUGCCUUCCUCAGGAUCGACAUGUAUGCUGUGGGCCUGGUGCUGUGGGAGCUCGCUGCUCGCUGCAAGGCUGCUGACGGUCCGGUGAAUGAGUACAUGCUGCCGUUUGAGGAGGAGGUGGGUCAACAUCCAACUCUGGAAGACAUGCAGGAUGUUGUCGUCCACAAUAAGCUGAGGCCGACGCUCAGAGAGUGCUGGAAGAACCAUGCUGGUCUGGUGUUGUUGUGUGAGACCAUCGAGGAAUGCUGGGACCUGGAGGCUGAGGCGCGACUGUCGGCCGGCUGCGUGGAGGAGCGAAUCGUACAGAUGCAACGACAGACCAAUGUCACCGUGCCCGAGGACAUUGUCACGGUUGUCACCAUGGUUACCAACGUGGACUACUUGCCAAAAGAGUCAAGCCUAUGACGAGACAUAGGGCCUAUCAGGAUGGAGCAGGGACUCCUGCUCAGGUGACCUCCAGGUGCUCAGGUGACCUCCGGGUGCUCAGGUGACCUCCGGGUGCUCAGGUGACCUCCGGGUGCUCAGGUGACCUCCGGGUGCUCAGGUGACCUCCAGGUGCUCAGGUGACGUCUAGGUGCUCAGUGGAUUUGUUGGACGCUCAGGUGACCUCUGGCUGCAGGUGAGUGUCAGACUGAUGAGCAGCUCUUGAACCUGGAGAACAACAUGGUGGAGAGUCUCUCUGUCAUCACUUCCUGUGACCUUUUAUAGACAAUCCAAACACUAUUAUUUCAAAAUAAAAGGGCGACUUAAGUUUGUCUAAUGUGAUGAUGAUGUCAACAACAAAUGUCUUCUGAAUGUCUGUUUCACUGUUUUUUGUGUAUGUGUGUGUAUAUAUACUUACAUUUACAGAUUAGGUUUAUUUUGAGAAAUAUGUUUAUUAUUAUUAUAUACAUGUACAUACAGUUUUAGGGAUGUCACAAUACAAAAUAUGUAUUAGUCAAUACACAUACCAUGAUACGAUUCUCAAUGCCAUAUUUGAUACCAGGGCAAAAACCCAAACAUCUCACUUCAACACGCACUCUUUAAUCAAUAACAUUUGAACGUACAAAAAACAACAGUGGCUGUAUGAAGUCUUCAGAAUAUAUUAUGAUAUACAAACAUACAAAUUGCUUUAUACCUGUACACAGAGUAUUAUUAUUAUGAUAUAAAAAUGAUUAUUAUGAUAUACAUGUAUAUAUAGAUUGUUAUUACAUAUAUAUACAGAUAAUUGUUUUUAUUAUACAGAAGAAGCAACUCUCGUUAGAUCAUCAGCUGAUUUAAAUCCAAAGAAAUUUUUUUUUAAAAAAGUUUAUUUCUACAUACUGAAAAUGACAUGAUUUUAUCCUACAUUUAUUUUAGUGUUGUGUGACAUCACAGAUCAGCUGACUGAAUGUUAAAAUGAAGAACGUAGUCUGCUCAUUUGUUUUCCUCUGGAUGCUGAACGGAUCAGAACCUCGACUUCUACAAAUGGCAUCGAACACAAGUGAAGUGAAAACUCUGUCGUCACGGCAACAACAAAAUCCAAGCGUUUGCUAAACGUCUCAGGGAGAAGGUCAGGACCUCUCAGGAGCGGUCAGCUGACCUGACUCCGGCGUGCUCCUGGAUCCGUUCACACCGGUUUCCUCUGAACUGUGAUAUAAGCCCCGCCCUCUUUCCUUUUUUUACCUCUGACAGGACGUGCCACGGAUUUUAGCAUGAGUCUGUUUUUAUUGACACUAAUCAAAAACUCCUUUAUAAUGUCAAUAUUGUUGUAAAUAUGUUGUUAACAUGUUUAUUUUAUACAAUGACAAUCGUACAGAUGAAAAACAGUUGGUGUAUCUGUUUCAGUAAUUUAUGUAGAAAGUUCUAAACUCUUA